AUGUUGCCUGCAAGGGCAGCACUGGCGGUGCGCGAGCGCGAGGCGGCGUUGGCGGCGCGAGAGAGAGCGGCGGCCGAGGCCGGCCGGGCGGCGGAGGAGCGCUCGGCCGACCUGGCGGGGCGCGCAGCGCACGUGGAGGCGGCCGAGGCGGCGGCUGCCGGGCGCGCGCAGGCGCAGGCCGACCUGCAGGGCCAGCUGGACGCGCUCAAGCAUGGCCUCGCGCAGCGCAGUGAGGACCUGGAAGCUGCUGAGUCCGAGGUGCGGAGGGCUCGCAGAGAAACGGAACUUCUGAGGGAGGAGAUCGAGGGCCGGGAGCAGAGGGCGGCCGCCAAAGAGGCGCGCUUUGCCGCUGCCGAAGCAGAGGCAGCUGAGGCCCACCACCGUGCAGCCAAGCUCAUUGGGGAGGCAGCAGAGAAGGUGGAGGCGGCUCGAGACCGCGACGCUGCCAGCCUGGCAAAGGAGAGGGAGGCCGAUGCGCGCCUGUCCGCAGCUGCUGCAGCCGAGGAGCAGAUUCGCACUGAGGCCGCAGCCGUCAAGGCCGCAGCCGACUCCGCCGAACAGGACGCAAAGAACGCCAAUCGGGCGGCGGAGGCGGCAGCCGGCGCGCGCGCAGCGCUGGCUCGUCUCGAGGCGGCAUUGAGCGUGCGCGAAGCAAAGCUCGCGGACGCGUGGAGGGUCCUCCGCACGCACGCAGGCCGCCUGCUCUCCGAAGACGCCGCAUUACAGCUCCAAGAGGAUGCAGCGGUGGCAGAGCGCACGGCGGGCAUUUGGGGCCCGGACAAUGCCGCCGGAAGCGCGCUGGACCCCCCGGAAUGGUCGGGGUCCCCCGAGGAGGGACAUCAUGCGCUGGCGGCGCGGCGCGCGGUGGUGGCCGAGCGCGAGACGGCGCUGCAGCAGUGGGCGGUCGCUCUCGAGUGCGAGGCCGCGCGGCAGGCCUCCCAGCGGCGUUCCCUUCAGCUCCAGGCUGAGCAGGUCGCGCAUCACACCGAGCUGUUGAAGGAGGUGGAGGCGGCGGAGGCAACGCUGCAGACAGAUGCUGCUGAGCUGGCGGCACAGCGCGCCCAGCUGGCGGAGCAGCAGCAGGCCACAGCGUCUGAGGCUGCACAGCUGGCAGCCCAAAAGGAUGAGCUGGUAGCCGAGCGCGCCGCACUUGAGGCCCGCAGCCGCACCGUGGCCAACGUUGAAGCCCAAUCACAGGCGGCCAGCAGGGCGGCGUCGCAGGUGGCAGAGCAGCAGGCGGACCUGAGGGAGCGGGUGAGGCAGUUGCAGGAGGCUGAGCGCGCCCUGCACCAGUCACAGCGUGCCCUGGCCGAGCGCGAAGCUGAAAUGGACAUGGGCGAACGCCACCUCAAUGAGCGUGAGGCUGAUCUCGAGAGAGUGGCGGCCGAAGCGCUGGCGGCCAGUGAGGCGGCUGAAGCACAGCACUCCGCCGAGGAGCAGCGGCUGAGCACUGAGCGGGAGCAGCUCGAAGCACGAUCUGCGCUGGUUGAAGAGGCGCUCCAAGGUAUUGAGGAGCGCAACAGGGCGCUGGAUGAGAGGGCGGCCGAGCUGCAGCAGGAGGCCGCCCGGCAGAAGACCGCUCGCGAAGAGCUUGAUACAGCUACGCGGAAGCUGGCGGACCUCGGCGGGCGAGAAUCGGCGCAGGCCGCGUACGAGGCCCGGCUGGCCGAGCGCGCAUCGCAGCUGGAGCGGGAGCGCGCGCAGCUGGGGGCCGCGCAGGCCGCGCUCAAGCAGGAGCAGGAACGCCUGCAGACCGCCAUCAAGGCAGCUGAGGAGCGGCUGGAGGCAGAUGAGGCGGCGAUGGCCGAGCGUGAGCGCGCCACAUCGGCAGCGGAGGCGCGCGCACAGGCGCUGCUUAGCCAGGCGACUGCCGAUGCCGACCGGCAGCAGCAGGAGCUCGCCACCAAACAGGAAUCGCUCAGCAGACAGCUGGCUGUGUUCAAGGAGGAGAGGGCGGUGGCUACGAAGGCGCUGGAACUCCGAGAAGGCAAACUGGAUGCUCAGCUGGAUGCGCUGGCGCAGCGCAGUGAGAAGCUUGCGGAGCAGGAGGCUCUCCUAGCCGCAGACAAGCUCUCGCUGCAGGCAAGCAACUCUGCCCUCACUGCUGCUACCUGCACUAAAAUAUCAUACACGGCCGAGCAGCGGAAGGCAGAGGCGGCUCAGGAGGCAGCGGCCCGGGCGGCGACGGCGGCCGCAGACGCAGCCGCAGCGGCGGCUGAAAAGCAGGCGCACGCGGAUGAGGAGAUCAGAGAGGCGCGCGCGUCAGAGGAGCGCGGCCGAGCAUGGCUGCAGCGCAAGGAGGCCGAGCUGGCCGUCCGGGCCGAGGCGGCCGCGCGCGCCGACGAGGAUGCCGGCGGCCGGGCCCGGGCUGCCGCUGCGGCCGCUGCCGAGCGCGAUGCGGAGCUUGCCCGGCGCGCCGAGGAGCUGCAAGCCCAGGGCCGAGUGCUGGCGCAGGAGAAGGACACUCUUGAAAAGCUGCGCACACAGCUGGAAGCUGAGCAGGCUGGGGCUGAAAAGCAGCGGGCCGAACUGAAGGCGGCUGCACAAAAGCAUGAGGCUCAAAGAGAGGCUCUUGAGAAGCGGCUGGCAGACUUCCAGGCCAGCGAGGCUUUGCUCAAGAGCAAUAUGCGCACCUUUGAGGAGCAGAGACGACGUGCUGAUGCUCAGGCAGACGCUCAAGCACAGGAGCUUGAGAGGAGAGAAAGCAAGGUGAAGGCCAAGGAGGCAGAGCUGUCGGCGCUGGAGCAGACCACAGAGUCCAAGCUGAAGAUGGCCCAGCAAAAGGCUCUGGAGGAGGCGCAGGCGAGGCUGGCUGAGCUGGACUCCAGGCACCAGCAGCUGCUCAAGGCUGAGAAGGCAGCAGAGGAACGGCUCAACGCCGUCACCCGCGACGCCGAUGCCACGGCAAAGGAGCAGCUGAGGCAGGCGCAAGAAGAGGCGGACGCGCAUUGGCGGAAGGCGGCGGCGGCGGCCGGCGCGCUAGACGCGCGCGCGGCGGCGCUGGCCGACCGGGAGGCGGCCACCGCCGAGCAGCGCGCCGCACUUGCCACCCGGCAGCAGGCCAUGCAGAAACGGGAGGAGGGCAUUGCCAGCGCAGAGCAGGAGUUAGCACAGGCGCGCGGGCAGCUGGCUGAGGAGCAGGCAGAGGCGGCUGCAAAGGUGUCGGCGCUGGAGGAAGGGUCCGAGCGGCUGAAGACGGAGGCGCGGAAGCUGCAGGAAGCCAAGCGCAGCUGGUCGGAAGGCGAGCAGGAACGCCGCGGAGCAGCCGCCCUCCUCGAAGAGGCCCGGACCGAGGCAGCCCGCAUCAAGGCGAAGGCCAAGGUGUUGGCGGAGGAGGAGAGGGCGCUGGCGGAUCUGCGCACGCAGCUCACAGAGCGCGAGCGCAAAUGGCACGAGACCGCCGCCGAGCACGCCAGCACUGUCGCCACUGCCCAGGUGCGGUCGGAGGCGGUGGCGGCGGCGCAGGAGCGGCUGGAGGCGACCAAGGCGGCGCUCGAGCGGCGGCGCGAGGAGCUGCGCGGCCUCGAACGCGACGUCCGCGACGCCGCCCGCGCAGCCGACGCCGCCGGCAAGGCAGCCGCCGCUCGCGAUGCCGACCUGCGCCGCCAAGAGGAGGCUCAGGCGGAGAGGGAGGCUGGACUGGAGCGUCAGAAGGCUGCGCUGGAGCAGGAAGCCCAGCGACUGGCCUCCCACCGCGAGCAAAUUGCGCAGCAGAGCGCGCAGGCAAGGGAGCAGGAGCAGGAGGUGGCGGCCAGCGAGGCGGCGGUGGCGCUGCAGUCGGCCGAGGUCAAGGCGCAGCAGAAGGCGCUGGAGGAGAAGCAGCGCGAACUGGAGCAGCUGCAGGCCAACCUCUGGGCCAAGGUGGAGGGCGCGGCCGAGGAGGUGAGGGAGCGCGAGGUGGCGGCUGCCAAGAAGGAGGCAGAAGUUGCGGCCGCGCUGGAGGAGGUGUCGCAGCGUGAGACCGCCGCGCAGGCAGCCGCCGCGCAGCUUGCGCGCCUCGACAAGCAGCUCGGCGCCCGCAAGCUGGAAGCCCGCGAGCUGCAGGAGGUAUACGAUCAGCUGGUGGCGCGAGAGAAGGCGGUGCGAGCGGCGGAGGCCGGCCUGGCCGACGCGGAGGCCGAGGGACUGGCGCGGCUGCGGCAGCGCGAGGACGAGAUUGAGGCGUCCCUUCGCUCACGCGAGACCCGCCUCUCCCGCCAGGAGGAGGCGGUAGGGGAGAGGGAGCGGAGCCUGAGGAUGCAGGAGGACGACGUGGGCACCACAGAGCGGCGGGCGGCCAGCCUCCUCGCCGACGCCGAAACCCAGGCGAACCGCAUCCUGGCGAACGCGCGCACGGAGCAGGAGCGGCUGGAGGCGGAGGCGCGGCGGGCCCGGGACAGCGCUCACAACCAGCAGCUGCACCUCAUGCGCCAGACCAUGUCCGCCAUCAAGAGCCCAGCAAAUGGCGUGCGGGACAGCGAUGACGGCUUCGGCUCGAUGAUUGGCGACGACAGCCGCCGCACGUCGCCGGCGGCCGAGUCGGCGCAGCAACCCCAGCCGACGGCGUUCUCUCCACAGCUCUCCUCGCCCUUUUCGCCGCAGCCGCCGCCGCCCAUCCCGGCGUCGUCGCCGCUGUUGGAGUCGCCCGUUCUGCGGCCCGGCCGCGCGCCCUUCGCCGCCCAGACACCCACGCUCGGCACCGGGAGGUACGACAGGCGCAGCACGGCAACACCAAACCAGAUCUUCUGGACGCCGGGCCUCGCAGCACAGAUGACGCCCACGCUGAGAGAGGACGGCGGCGAUGCCCCAAGCGGCAGGGGCCUUGAUGGCUUUGCCGGCGCAUCGGCCGCCGAGUCGCAGCACCAUGCGCUCAGCAGCCUGCUGGGCACCCUGCAGGCAGCCACCCAGAAGGGCUCAAACAGGAUUGCGCGCAUCGAGGGCAUCCUACGAGUGAUCGAGGCGGACGCGGCAGAGCCGGAGCGCGUGAAACGGGCCGAGGCGUCCGUUGCGCGGCUGCGGGCACAGCUGGCAGAGCUGCAGGCCGGCGAGGGGGCCCUAGUAGAGCAGGUGGCGGGCGUGCGCGAGCGGCGGUCGGCGGCUGCGGAGGUGCGGGCGCUGCUGGAUGAGCACCAGCGGCAGCUGGCGCGCUGGGAGGGCCGCGUCGCGCGCCAGCUCGAGAAGAUCGUGGCGCUGCAGCGCGGCGGCCGCACGCCCACCUCAGCAGCCACCCCGGCAUCCGCCGUGCCGUUCCGCGCCGCUUCAGAGUCGAGCGAGGACUACCCACCGCGACAGCCGCUCAUGACAGAAGCACGGCAAUCCAUGGCAGACUUCACAACGCCAUCCACUGGGCCCCGGCUCAGAAAUGGCAUGCGAUGA